UUUAAUACAUUGUGUAAACGAUGAUCGGCGGCCGAGUGCCGGCUAAAAUGAUGCCACCGAAUGCAACGCGCGACGACGAAAUUCAAUAAUAUAAAAUGUAUGCUAAUAUAGUAAUAUUUACUGUGGCUAAUGAAAAAUGACUCACAGCAGUUUAUCAGUAGUCGUCUGCGAUAUAGCAAUGAUUUCAAUCGAUGACAUCUCCAGUAUCUCGACGGUUGACGGUAAAUCAUUCAUUGAUCGCGAACAAGCGUUUUGAACAAAACUCGAGAGCACCAUCAUGACCGAAGAGUUUAUCAGGAAAGGAUUGACCACAUCUGUGGCCCAAAUAUGUUCAAACAUUGGUUGGCAUUCUAUGUCAAAUUCGACUUUGCAAAUGAUGACAGAUAUCCUGUAUGAGUAUUUCAAGGAUUUAGCUCAGUCAGUCAAAAAAUUCUCCGAGAUUUCUGAUACAAUAGAACCAGAUAUUGAUGAUGUAAAAAUGGCAUUUCGAGAUAAAGAUGUUGCUGUACCAGAUUUAAUAAGAUAUUUAAAACAAGUUGGGUCCAUAGAAUUUCCUCAUCAAGUGCCUAAGUUUCCCAUACCAACAAAAUCAAAUUUAAAUAUCAUGAAACCAGGAAGCAGAGAAAUUGUGACCAGGCCAGUUUAUGUCCAUGAACAUCUUCCUACAAUGUACCCUGAACAAUCUGAUGACAGACCAAUGCAAAAUGAUAGCAGCCAGACACCACACUCAAGCUCUUCACUAGGAAUUUUUAAUGAGCCAUUAAGUUUUCAAGAAUCCCAGGUCUCAAAAUAUGAUAAACCAUUAAAAGACAACCUGGUAGUUCAUAGGCGACUUAGAGAGAUUUCUAGUGUGGUUAUGACAACAUCUGGAUUUCUUUCUCCGUCUCGAGAAGGCAAAUUGCCAGAAUCUCGAUUAAUGCCAUUUCCUAAUUUUAAAGUCAAUUCAUCACAUUCGUCAUCUUCUUAUCCUACAGUUCCACCAGAAGUCAAAGGUGAACACAACCAACAACGUAGUAAGAAAUUAUCACAAAAAACAUUGAACAGUUUUAAAGAAAAAGGAAAAAAUAUUGUUGACAGUAAUAAUAGCAAUAUUAUCAAUAAUAAUAAAAAUGAAGAUUCUAAAGUAAGAAAAUUGACAAAUGUGAAAGAAACGUCAAAACUUAAAGCAUUGAAAACUGGAGCUAUUCGGGAGUCUAAUCAAGGACCUCGACUUAAAAAACCUCCAAAGAUCAAAGAUAAAUCAAAAUUAAGUGUACUAAAUACUAUAUUUGAUAAGCCUAUUCAAGCAUCAGCAUCACAUUCUAAGUACUUAAAAAGCUUUUUAUGCGACAGUGAAAAACUGACAACAGAACCCGAUAAACAGAAAUUAAAUAUAUUUAAAAAAAUAUCAAAAGUUAAAGAAGAUAAAAAUAAUGAUAGUUCAGUACAUUCAAGUUCAAAAUUAAAUAGCUCAAUUAAUAUAUCUAGGCCAAAUUCUACUAUUGUCAGUUCAGAUAUUGUGGUUAAGCCUGAAGUAAAUUUAGAAACUAUUGAGGAGAAACAAUUUAAACCAGGUUUCUUUAAACCAACUGUUGAAACAAAAAAACCUGAUAGUGUACAUAAACCAUCUAUAAAAGAAACCAAACCAGAAUUGAGCUCUAAUAUUUCUAAAAAACGAAAAAAAAAACAAAAAAUACCAAGUGAUGAUAGUUCUAAAAGCUUAGACGUCAAAACCAAAAACGUUGGAAAUAAAAAAUCGAAAAAUAAACAUGAUUCUGACCUAUUUUCAUCCCCUUUGAAAUUUUCAUUUUUUGGUCAUCUACCACCAGUGCCUGGUCUCUUGCCAACUGUGCCAAGUAUUUUACCGCCAUCUCUUGCUUCAAAUCCUUUGGUUCCAAAAUAUACUGCUCCUAGCAAUGUUUUACCAAUACUAGAAAAACCAAGUACAACUGCUUCAAUGAUGUAUUUGCCUUUACCAGGAGAAGAUGAUUUUGAUAAAUCUGAAUUUGACGAACUUUCAUCCACUCUUACUCCAGAAAAAAAAAAAGUUUCUACAGAAAAGAUUAAACCCAAAAAAGAACAUAAGAAAAUCAAAAAAGAGAAGAUAAAAUCUAAAAAGAAAAAAGAUAAAAAAGACAAAACUAAACAAAAAGAACGAAGUGAAAGAAAGAAAGAAAAAUUAUUGAAAAAAUUAAAAAACAAAGAAAAAGUUGACUCUGAAGAAUCAAAACUUGAGCCUACUAUAUCUGAGGAAAAAGAACCAGAGCCUGUUAUAAAAGAAGAAGACCCAUUAGUCCCAAAAAUAAAGCUUAAAUUACCAGGGUCAAAUGGAUCAAAUACAUCUCCAUCUGUACAACGGAAAAUUUUAAUUAAGCCUAUAGUUAAAAACAAAUCUCCCUCUGAAUGUAUUGAUGAAUCACACAAUUUAUCUAAAGAAAAAGAAAAGUCACCAGUGGAACGAGUAAAAUCUUCUACUACAAAAUCUAAAGCACACUCUAAAGAAAAAUUAUCUACAACUACCUUACUAUCUAUGCCGUUAGUACCUAACAAAGAAGAGCAAGUUGAAAAUGUUACUGAACCUAUACCUAAACCAUCUAAAUCAAAAAAAAAUACUGUAGUUCCUCCUAGUGCUGUUGUGGACACUGAUAUCUCUGUCACAACUUCUGUAAACGCUUCUGUAUCUUCUGCUCUUAUAAAUUCUAUAACAUCAAGUAAUAAACAUAAGGUUAAAACUACCAAGAAAUCUAAAAAAGUUGUGACUCAACCACACCCAGCUUUUUACUAUGAUGAUGCUGGAAAUCAAGUUUGGAUAUGUCCGACUUGUGGAAAACAAGAUGAUGGUAGUCCAAUGGUUGGUUGUGAUGGAUGUGACGCAUGGUAUCAUUGGGUUUGUGUGGGAAUUCAGUGUCCACCAGAUUGUGCUGUAUGGUAUUGUCCUACUUGUUUGUUGAAACGAGCUGAACGAGGGGUGACUGCUCCAGUCGAAAAAGCUAAAAGAGGAAGACCACUAAAAAAGAAAUCAAUUUCGUAAGAGCUUAAACUUAAAUUGGUGGUUUUUUUUUAUCUAAUCAAAUUAAUUUUUUCAUUAGACUAAAAUUAAGGUUUAAUUCAUUAUAUUUUACAAGACUUAUAAAAUCAGUGGAUUUAUUGAUUUUGAUAAUCAUACAUGAUUUAUCUUGAUGGUUAUACCUUAUUUUAAUCAGUCUGUCGUUAAAUUUUUAGUACAAACAUAUAUCUCUUUUGUUUUAUUUCAACUAUAUCAUUGAUACAACACAAGGCACUAUACCAAACAAUUAAAAUUUUCAAUGUGUCUGGUAUAUAAUAAACUGUUAAAUAAUUUCAAAUUCUUU